CCAUGCCCCUUGUCCAAAACUCCAACAAGCAUUUUUCGAUGUUUUUUCGAAAAAAUAGUCGACGCUUUGAAGCAAAUCGAAAGUUGUUUUGACCAUUUUCUAAUAAUUACUGACCACUGGAGAAUGUUAAAGUUGAUCCCGUAGCCUCUGUUUUUGUAAACUUCACGUCAGAAUAGGAUUUCAUUAGUGUAUUUCACAUUUUACAACGUCUUGGUUGCUGAUAGACAAGAAUAAUUUAGUUCUUGAUUCAGCUUCCGGACAAUUCGCCGUUUCUUUAUCGCCUAAUAUUAGUGCCGUCUUCUAAGAGAAGAAAUGAGUACUCCCCAGCCUAAACUAAACUGUGCUCUGGGUGCAGACAAUGAAGUGGAGUUGCAGGCUCAGCCAAUGGAUCUAGCACACAAGUCCAGUUCCAUGAUUACUUCAACUGGAAGUGCCACAUCUAUACCCACCAGAGUAAUUGGAGAAGCUGCCAAACCAAUUUUCUUGCAGGUCAAACCAUCAGGAAGUCCAAUUCCUACUAUAACUGGGGCUGGGAUGUCUUUAUCUAAUACCGGGACUAACCCCACUGUUUCUACUAUUAUCCAAAAUGUUCCUGUGCCAGUAGCCGUUACUGUGCCCAUACCAAUGACCAAGUUCCAAGCUGCAAUACGCCCAGGUGCCACAGUUGCCCCUCGAGUAGUGCCAACAGCUCUUGUAACAACUUCUGGGACUUAUGCGAAUCUAUCAUCACAUGUGCCAAAAGGUCCAGCCGCAGUUGCCAGUAUCGCGAUUCCGCGCUCUGCUGUUGCUUCGGCCGCGAUUAUAAGGCCUGUUCCUUCAGCAAGUUCUGCCAUUUCUCAAGUGACUGGAUUUACGAUUUCAAAUCGUGCUGUAAGACCCACGUCAAUUUCGGCAGUUAGGCCGAGUAGUGUUGAUGUCGGUAAUGUUGCAGCUGCUACUCUGAGUGGUACCUGGGUGACAGUAACCCCAGCCACUGCCGUCAUCCAGCCACCUCCCGUACCUACUUUAUAUAAAGCAACGGCAAACGCAGCAGCUAACACUUCUGUCAAGAGCACGACCAAUCUCAUUCUGGCCACUGGUCACAAAUCCGCACCCGUACUAACUCCUGCACCAAGUGCAAGUUCGAUUUCAAUUAUUGGGCCUCCUAGGGCUUCUGUUCCUACACCGGCGUCAAACAUUACACUUUUCUCUGUCAGGGGAUCUUCCAACCAAGCAGUUGUUAAUUCGCGUGCUCUAGCAAAUCCAACCAUGACGGUUGGACAACGUCCGGGAACUGAUGUAAUAAAAUCCACCUCAGCAGCACUUCUACAAAGUGCUUCACAACGCCCUUCUUCUAUGAUGAUAACAUCGGCAUCUUCUGCUCAGAAUGCUGAGAAACACUUCGUAAAAACGGUUGCGGGAUCUGGAGUGGCAGUCGGCUCUAGCAUCAAUAACCCAGGAUCUUCUCAACCUCGCCCUGCAAGCAAUUCCAUUGGCCCGGUUCAAAUUGCCGCAAGAACGAUUCCGCCAGCUGGAACAGUUCCUCUUACCUCUGCUAGUUCGCUUGUUACUGCUAAUUCUGGAGUAACCCCUGUUGUUUUUACUGGUGGUCUAAAGAAUAUCACGCCUCUUUCGACCGUUACAGCUGUUGGAAAGGUUGGUCAGCAAAGUAUUGCUGUGCAAUUUCCUCAGAUGUCGGGACCUGUAGUCGGCACGAAAUCGGGAGGUUCAUCUCAACCAACCAUUGUCGCUGGAACUCGACCUGCGGUGUCGAGCUCUGUAUCCGUUGGAGGCGGAGCAGCUUCUGGUAGUUCCAGAACGUAUCUUGUUACUACUCAGGCACCGCCUUCGACGAUUAUCCCAGUUGCAAAAGUUUUACCUCAACCCAUUGUCUCGACAGUGACGGUCAUGGGACCUUCAGUUUCCAAGACAACUGUGAGUGUGACGUCCAGCAACGUAUCCAGUACCUCUUCGUCAAACGAAAUUCAAGGAACCGGAACUACAUCGGCUGGUUCUUCUACUGGGGUGUAUUUGCAUGCUACAUCCCGAUCGUCUACCGCGACAGUUGAGACCAGCGGUAAUCAAAUCACAUAUCCGAUUGUAACCCAACCCAACACUCCCUCUAAGUUAAUUGGAACAUCACCCAGGCCUAGCAUUUUGCGUAAGCGGGACUACGAAGGUGUUCCACUGAAAGCCCAAAAGAAUCUUACAACUACUUUAACUUUGAUGACGUCAUCGGUUAAUACUCCGUCGAUUAAUAGUGCGACUAUAUCUGCAGCUCCAGCAAUAUCUCCGCCGUCACCUCGUCGUUUGGAUCUUGGUUUAACACCCGGUGGGCCUAAUGGAGAUUCAUCUCGGUCUUCAAGUGGCGGAUCAACUACAUUAUCGGCAUCGUCUUCUCCCGGUAUACCGCCCGAUCUAGAUGAAAGUAACCCACCAACCAUCGUUCCAACUGCACCAGGAGCGGCAAUUUUAGGUAAAGCCUUGUCGAGUAUUCAGGUGAAGCAAGAAGCAAUAGAAAAUAGUGAUGCAAGUGGAGCCAUUUCGUCGUUGAUGAGAAUGAGCACAUCAUCUUCACACGUGCAUUCUGCUACCACCGAAGUUCAAAUGAGUCCAAGGAAAAAGCCGAGGAAGCAGCAAUUGCUCGGCCAAGAACUACAAGAAGUACGUUCGAGCGAUGAUGAAAUGCAUGCAGGAUUAAACAUAAAAGAAUUGAAAAUUGAAACCUCUGUGAAACCUGAACCUAAAGAAGCGGCUGCUGUCGUCAAACGGCCACGCAUUUCUUUGAUCAGUUCCUACCGCCAAACCUGGAAACCACGUAAUCAUCAUUUUACUCGUUAUUCGGAUGUGAAAUUGAAAGAUGAGCGGCGUCCGACGGUCACCGAUUUGGCCAAUCAGAAGCAAAUCAUGCAGAAAGUGCACGGAUGGAAAGUGUUUCAUCUCACCGCACAAAUUGAAGAAAUGGCUCAUUCUGAAUCACAAGUUCAUGAACGUUUGAGUAUGGUUCUGGACGUUAUGGAAAAACUAGGGGCUGGAAAAGGCGGAGAUCGUGACCUUAUGCGUGUGAAUGAACUUAUAAAGGGAAAUCUACAACGAAGUAAAGUCAUCCAGGAUGGCUUGGAGGAUUCUAAAAAUCAAGUGCAAAAAAUUUUUGAUCAUAAGCCCCGAGCCGAAGAAAUUAUCCAGCGUUACAUGUACAAACGAUUGGCCAAAAAGCGAGAAAAGUUAUAAUCUGGUUUACUCAUGAAUCUAUUUUCCUCUUAAAGACUAAGUAAUAAAUACUUUAGUAGCGCGCGUAUUUCCCACCAGUAUAAUUUCCGUAUUUGCUUUUAUAAACGUUUGAAGAUUUGCAUUGUUUUGACAUGUAAUACAUUUCAUUUCAGCCCUAUA